UUCUUCUUGUUGUGGCUCCCUUUAUUCUGCCAGCCGCUGAUCGUUUUCAGAUCAUCUAGUUCCCUCUUGUCUCUACUCACUCUCUCUCUGCCCUCUAGCUCUCUCCACACCCACCAUAUAAAUACAGAGAAACCGACUUCUUCUUUCUGGUUUGCUUUACACCCCCACCACAACCCCAUUUUGAUUGCACCCCAAUGAUGUCCUCCGACAACACGCCGGCGAAAAAGCCGGCAGACGACACCCAACAAGGAGGAGGAGGAUCAGGCAACAGCCGCAAAACGACAUCGUCCAAGGCCCCGCCGGAGCAAGCCCUCAAGUGUCCGAGAUGUGAUUCCCCAAACACAAAGUUCUGCUACUACAACAACUACAGCCUGACGCAGCCCAGACACUUCUGUAAGACCUGCAGGCGUUACUGGACCAAAGGCGGAGCGUUACGCAACGUCCCCAUCGGCGGCGGCUGCCGGAAAAACAAGAGAGUAAGGUCGUCAUCUUCCCGACUCUCCUGCAGCCUCGACUCCAAAGACUCCGGCGACUCGGCCUCUGACCACAUGGGUCUCAAGUUCUUUCACGGCAUUUCCCCCGCCAUGGAUUUCCAGCUCGGCGGCCUCUCCUUGCCUAGACUCAACCACCACCCUUCUUCUUCUUCAGCAGUUGUAACCGCCCUUUACAAUAACAACAACAGCCAGUUCUCUCCAUACGGUGACGUUUCGGUUACUUCUGGCCUGACUCUUGAUCCCUCAGGUGGUGCUUCCGGGAAUAGUUCCUUUAUGGGUUUUAAUUAUCCUCUCACUUUAGGCAGUGGAAGCGGCGGCGGGGUUGGGUUUCAACAGAACAACAUGAACAGUUCCAUGAGUGUUCAUAGCAGUCUUGCUUCUUCUAUUGAGUCCCUUAGUUCUAUCAACCAAGACCUUCACUGGAAAUUACAGCAGCAGAGGCUGUCCAUGUUGUUUGGUACUACUAUCGCCGGUGAUAGUCAGACACAGCCGUCUCAUAAAGAUAUGCAGAUGAAUGAUCUCGAGAAAAAUCAGACAGCGCCUAUUUUGUUUCAGAAUCUGGAGAUUUCGAAACCGAAAGAGUCUACUGGAGGAGGAGAUACGGCUGCGACGGAGUGGUUCUUUGGGAACUCUUACGCACCGCCACCGCCGGUGACACCUACUCCGACCAACAGUGGCGGCAACGGAGGAGGAAACGAGAACAAUGCGGGUAACUGGAAUACUCAUGGAGUUGUUCAAGCGUGGGGUGAUUUGCAGCAAUACAAUGCCUUGCCCUAGAGGACUAAGCAUCAAGAGAGGUAGCUAAACACAAUUUUAAAAAGCAUGAUCAUGAUCAUGAAGAAGAAAAUGGGGAAAUUAUAUUAUUGGUUUUGAAAUAUUAUCUGAGAAAGAUACCCAUUUUGGCAUAUGUUAAUUUGUGUUUUGGUUUUUUCUUGUGUUGAUAUGAAAGUGUAAAAGCUAAUUGACUAGUCUCUUAACAAUGCAAAAGAAGAAAUUAGUCUUACUACUUUUCCCCUUAAUUCAUGUUUAUAUGCAUGGUUGAUGAACAUCUGAUUAUUAAACUUU